AUGGUCAGGAAUAAGGGCAAACCGAGCGAUCCGGGUGGAGGGUCGUCGCCCUUACCCGAGCUCAACGAUCGCACCUUGCCGGAAUGGCUAGACGCCAAGGGGGAGCAUGGUCCGGUGACCGUGCUGCUUAUGGCACCGACACACCGCGAGGGCAAACUGCCGAACAACCCGUUCGUGAUCGCGAAGUCGGUCAAGGAACAGGUGGGUUCCAUCUCGGCCGCGUACCGAGACAAGGACGGCCAUCUGGUCAUUAAGGUGCGCUGCCCGAAAAAGGCAGCGAAGUUGCUCGACAUGAAGGAGCUGAUCGACGGGACGAAGGUCACGGUGAUUGAGCACACGCGGCUGAAUCAAGCCAAAUGCAUAACCACCUGCCAUACCGUUGAGGAGUUGUCCGAGGAAGAGCUCACCGAGGAGUUGGCCGACCAGGGCGUCAUUGGCGUCCACCGGCUUGGACGAAAAGGUGGCAAAUCGGCCACUAUGGUCAUAACCCUCCGUGGCACGGUUGUGCCCAAAGAAAUUUUCUUUGGGUUCGACCGGUGCGCUACACGACCAUACAAGCAAGCUCCCAUGCAGUGCUUCAAGUGUUUCGGGUUCGGGCACACCAAGGCGCGGUGCUCGGCAGCGGAAGAACUCUUCCGCAACUGCUCCAAGGCGCACCCGAUCGCUAAGGACCAGGAUGGCAAGACGUUGUGCGAAGCAGCACCUAGCUGCAAACAUUGCAACGGGGCGCACUCACCGACGAGCCGCACAUGUCCGCGGUACGCCGAGGAAGAGGAGAUCAACGAGAUCCGUACAAAGGAGGACAAGUCGGCGCGCGAGGCUCGUCGGCUCUUCGAUGAGCGGAAGGCUGCCUCGAGGAGCGGCACUAGCUACGCCGCCAUCACCGGCAGCGGAAAUAGCGAUGCCAAGCAGUACGAGAACAUCAAGAAGGAGCUAAACGACACAAAGCUGGGGCUCAAGAAGGCCCUCACCGAGCUUGCAAUCCUGAAGGAAGUCAACGCAAAGGCCGAGGCGGCCAAGAAGGAGCAGGAACGUACGAGCCGUGCUCUGGAAAGGGCACUCGCUCAGCUGACCAAACUGAAAGCGACCAUCAGCCAGAACAAGAAAGCUACCGACCGUACGACGCCAGCCGAACUGAUCCAGAAGGACUCCAGUUCGGAGAUGGAGAUCAUCGAGGAGGAUGGACGUAAGCGACGACGCCCGUCUAGCUCCGAUGACCAGGAGGAAGAGGAAGAGGAAGAUGACGACGACGAAGACGAAGACGAAAAGGAGAGCACACCAGCUGCUCCCAAAAAAGCCACAAAGAGCGACCUCGCCACACCAACAGCCACCAAACCAAUCAAGCCUAUCAUCAAACCCACCAAAACAAAGAAGGACCUCAAGACCAAGGGUCAAACGGAAGUGAAGCCAAACAACAGCAAACAAAAGAAAAAGCAGUGA